UGUAGCAUAAUGGAAGCUCGUCAGAUCUGCUAGCUCCGUUAGCCAUCUUUCUUGCACACUUUUCAAGGAAUAUUACAGAAAGUAAUGGCGUCGGGUUUAGAUGCCCUUUGGGAGGACCGAGACGUUCGCUUCGAUAUAACAGCACAGACCUGUUUGUCUUGGGAGACCCUACCAGGGGGCAUGGAAGCCCCCGGACAACAUAGCUCCUAGGAUCAUUGGGACACGCAAACUCCUCUACCACGGCAGAUGAAAACUCGACCUGGAGAAGUGCUAAUAGAUUGUUUGGACUCCAUCGAGGACACGAAAGGAAAUAACGGAGAUCGAGGGCGACUUCUAGUGACAAACCUGAGGAUUAUUUGGCAUUCGUUGGCCCUGCCGAGAGUCAAUUUAUCUGUGGGUUACAACUCCAUUAUUAACAUCACAACAAGGACAGCAUACUCGAAACUCCGAGGCCAGACCGAAGCCCUCUACAUUCUGACCAAGUCCAACAACACAAGAUUUGAGUUCAUCUUCACUAACGUGGUUCCAGGAAGUCCCCGACUCUUUACCUCCGUCAUUGCUGUGCACAGGGCCUAUGAAACUUCUAAAAUGUACAGAGAUCUCAAAUUGCGGGCUGCGCUUAUUCAGAACAAAAACUUGCGUCUCUUACCAAGGGAGCAAGUUUAUGACAAAAUCAAUGGAGUCUGGAAUUUAUCCAGUGAUCAGGGGAACCUUGGAACUUUUUUCAUCACAAAUGUGCGGAUAGUCUGGCAUGCAAAUAUGAACGAGAGCUUCAAUGUCAGCAUUCCUUAUCUCCAGAUUUGGUCCAUCAGAAUAAGAGACUCCAAAUUUGGUUUGGCUUUGGUGAUCGAGAGUUCCCGCCAGAGUGGCGGCUAUGUGCUGGGGUUUAAGAUUGACCCUGUGGAUAAACUUCAGGAUGCUCUUAAAGAAAUCAACUCGCUCCAUAAGGUGUUCUCUGCCAACCCCAUCUUUGGAGUGGAAUAUGAAAUGGAAGAAAAGCCGCUGCCUUUGGAAGAAGUGACCAUGGAGCAGCCUCCGGAUGAUGUGGAAAUUGAGCCUGACGAGCAGACGGAUGCUUUCACUGCCUAUUUCGCUGAUGGCAACAAGCAACAAGAUCGUGAACCCGUUUUUUCUGAGGAGCUGGGCCUCGCCAUUGAAAAGCUGAAGGAAGGAUUCACUCUUCAAGGACUGUGGGAAGUCAUAAACUGAAAUGAUAUUGA